AUGUUGAAGUCAACGAUAAUCGUGUUGUUCGUUGUCUUAUGCAAUCUAUCACUAAUCAAUGGAGAUACAUGUGCGUGUAGAUGUUGUUCACAAACACCAUGUACACCGCGAGUUCUUCCUGAAGUAUUCGAGGUGAAUCGAUGUUGGUAUAAAGGUGGCCAAGAAUGUUUGAACCAAUGUAAGAUUAAAUAUCCAGCUGAUUGUGGCCGUCCGACUGCGUUCGCAGUACCAUUUUGUCAAGGAUCAUCGGCGAUUUCAUUAAAUCUUCUUCUUAUCUUCGGCAGUAUUCUUAUUCAUCGACUAUUCAUCCAGUAA